UUGAUGUUGACUGAGAUAGUUUCUAUUGAGUUGCAAUCAUUUUCUUGUGUCUGAGACUUGAUUUGCACACAGAAACAAGAGGGAGAACCGCUUGCCUGCACUGGAUGCUGCCAGAAGAAGUUUUUUUUUUAUCAGAAGACACCGGGCUUAAAAAUACCUUUUGUGAUUCCUGAGGUGAAGGAAGACCGCCCCUUGAAAAAGCAGUCUAAUUUGGAAUCGAAGAACGCAAUCGGCCUCUAUCACACUGUCAAAACGAGAAAAGAAACCAUGCUCGGCGGAGAAGGAGAGAGCAGCACCUUCUCUUCUACGAAGGAAGUGGUGGAUGAGAGAUGCAAGUCUCCGGCUGUGGAUGGGGAAGACCCGACUGCUGGCAGCAGGUACACAGAGCAUGGGAUGGGUGCUGACCGGUACUACAUCAGUCCCACGGCUUCUAAACAAAGCCCCGAAACGCCGAACCCUUGCUCUUUCAUCCCUUAUACCCACAGUGGGACGGUGUACACCCCGUCCAGCGCUGGCAGGUACUCCGCAUCUCUCCACUUGGGCUCCGUGUUGCCUCCCGCGGGGUUUCCCCCCUCCACCGCCGGCCGCACUCACUUCAGCUCGGCUUACCAGCUCGGGCAGAGCCCCGGCUGCAUCUACCCGCCCUACACUGGCUCAGGGUCCGCUCUUAGCAACAUUACUCUACCCGGCGGCGGCCCGGGGAUGAGGGCCCAGGUCUACCUCUGCAACCGGCCACUGUGGCUCAAGUUCCACCGGCACCAGACCGAGAUGAUCAUCACCAAGCAGGGCAGACGGAUGUUCCCGUUCCUCAGUUUUAACAUAGCUGGUCUCAACCUGACAGCGCACUACAAUGUGUUUGUGGAGGUGGUGCUGGCGGAUCCGAACCACUGGAGAUUUCAAGGUGGCAAGUGGGUCACCUGUGGGAAGGCGGACAACAGUAGCCAAGGGAACAAAGUCUACAUCCACCCAGAAUCUCCAAACACGGGGGCCCACUGGAUGAGACAAGAAAUCUCCUUCAGCAAACUGAAGCUCACCAACAACAAAGGAACCAGUCACAAUACUUCACAGAUGAUUGUCCUGCAAUCGCUGCAUAAGUACCAGCCAAGACUGCACAUCGUGGAGGUGACGGAGGAUGGGGUGGAGGACAUUGGGAGUGACGUAAAGACCCAGAGCUACACCUUUCCAGAGACCCAGUUUAUAGCUGUCACUGCCUACCAGAACACUGAUAUCACACAGCUGAAAAUUGAUCACAAUCCGUUCGCCAAAGGGUUCAGAGAUAAUUAUGAUUCUAUGUACACAGCUCCAGAGCAUGACCGCCUCACCCCAUCUCCAACCGACUCUCCCCGUGCCCACCAGAUUGUCCCCAGCGCCCGCUACACCAUGCAGCCCCUCUUCCAGGACCAGUUUGUCAACAACCUCCCCCAGAGUCGCUUCUACAACAGCGAGAGAGCAGUGCCACAGACUAACAGCCUCCUCUCACAUCAGACAGAAGACGGAGCUUCGCAGAGGUGGUUUGUCACCUCAAUGCAGCAAGGAGGAAAUGGCACAAACACAAACAACAAGCUAGAUCUCACACCCUAUGAGGGGGAAUACUCAAGCUCCCUGCUUCCUUAUGGGAUCAAAUCCUUGUCCAUGCAAACAUCUCACGCUCUCAGCUACUACCCAGACUCUCCUUUCACCACCAUGUCUGCAGGGUGGGGGUCCAGAGCAGCAUACCAGAGAAAGGUUACACCUAGCUUGCCUUGGUCUCCUAGACCCAGUCCCACUGCUGGUUUCCCAGAGGACUCAAACAAAGUUAAACCACAGAUAGAAGAGGAGGUGAACGGCAGUGCAGGCCUGAUCUCCUCCUGGACAGAGACACAGUCAUCAGCUCUGUCCCUAGACAAGGCCGAAUCUUAUUCCACAGCCUGCAAACGAAGGCGCUUGUCUCUGAAUGGUCCCAGCACAGAAGACUCACCUGCUGACAUCAAGUGUGAGGACUUGGCCUCUGCUGCCACCAACAGUAGCUCCUAUAGCAAAGAAGCCCUCUCAUCCAAAGGCAUGGCAGCUUACUAUUCCUUUUACACAAACCCUUGAAUGUGAACCCUGAAAUUGUAUUUGUAUCUUAUUUUGUCCUUUUGUUUGUUCUUCAUCUGCCACCAUGAAUAAGAAAUAUUAUUUUUCUUUUUUGUUAUGUGGACACCCAGAAUUUGGAAUUAGUUUUGUCUAAAUGGUUGUUUGUUUUUUUUAAUUAUGUGGUCACAGGAAAUAUCAAAGAAUCAAAAGUCAAGGUGUGUAUGUGGUGUGUGAUAAGCAUCGGCAUCCUUAUUCCAUCCGUUCUAUACAGUCCAUCUUUAUAUUUUUGAACAACCCAUUUCUGUAACUGUAUCUGGAAUUUUGAAAGUGCCAAAGCAUUUGUUUAAGAUGCCCCAUAUUUUCUAACAGUGUUAUGUAUGUUUCAUUGUGCAUACAUUACUGUGUCUGCCUUCACAUUGAGGUUAUGUGUUUACAGAUUAUUUAUUGAUGGCCUGUUGAUAUGAAAUUUGUGCACUCAUCAAUGUGAGGAUAAUAUGCUGUACAUACCUUCAUGGCAAUGUUGAGAUAUUUGAUAAUAAAAGACAUAUGUGUUCUAUUGAA